CACAAUGUAAUGAGAAUACCACCACAGCACGAUGUGGCAUGUAAAACUCUCGACCAACCACUUCGCUUGGAGCUUGUUCGACGAUUCCCUCUUCAAUUUGCUCCCGAAUAAUCGCGUCGUACUCCUCUAGUUUUCCCGUCUUUCGAAGUCUUCGAACUAGGUUGUGCAUGCGACGAAUACUGCCGUUAUAAUAGUUGGAAAGUAGAGGAUAGUCGCCUUUCCACGGUAGAGACGUCUUGUACCAACCUUCAUCAGGAUCUCGCGAUAACUGCUCGCGAAACUCUUGGUAAACCACGCCCUGAUCACCGGAAGGGGGGUCAGCCAGGCCGAGAACAUCGAGUGAGCACAAUCGUUCGUGAUCCAUCGCAGUAUUUACCGCCAUACAUCCUGCGGUGGGGUUUAAAUCUUCUCCGGGACUCAUCAAGGCCCACCCAAAUCGUGUGAGCUCAGCUACGGGCUCCCCUUGGCGACCGAUACGUACCUGGGAUGUUUGAAUCUUCGCGUACUCGUUUGCGCCCAAAAUAAUAUGCACGGGCAACUUCUCUUUCGUUGGUUGGUCUUCGAACUCAAUGUCACGCAAAUGUUGAUGAGCUUCGAUUCUCUUGUCGAGGUGAGAACGAAACCGCCUUUUAGCGUUUCAAAACUCAAAUCAAAUUCUAGCAACAACAGUUCACGUUUUUUUAUCAUUGUUGCACGAGCAUUCAGAACGAAACCGCCUUUUAGCGCUUCAAAACUCAAAUCAAAUUGCGACAUUUUUGUCGUUGUAGCGCCCAUUAAGGUUGAUAUUUGCCACGUACUUGUCUUCACGGCUUUCACGCCAACGAGACUUACCAGAGUUUCUGACACGAUGCCUUUAACUUGUACAAUCACCACAGGGUGUACUACACAUGUACUUUCCAAAUUAAUUACAUUCGUGGUUAAUCCCACUUCAAUUGAUGACGGACAUAUUGAGGUGUGAUGUCUCUUUUGGCAGUUUUGGCAAGAGAUCUUGCCUUUACAGCUGCUCGCCGCAUGUUGACCAAUUGCGCAAUUGAAACAGAGACGUUUUUCCGCUAAAGUUCUCUUUCUUUUGCUCGGUGCUGUCACAUUGCUACACGAGAUUGCUUUGUGAUGGGUAUUUUCGCAAUAAACACAUUUAACUUCGGUAUCUCGUGAGGUAAGAGCACGCCCACCCGUGGGCUGGUUGCCAUGACGAUGCGUAAUACUAUGGGAUGCGUUAUCCUUAUUGCGCUUUUGCGUUUUAACUACACUGUUAAUCUCUGUCCAUUUUCGCAGCGCAUUUACUAAAUCCCGAAAUGUCCAAUCCCUCCAAUUGGUUUCAACAUGCGCUACUAACUCGGCUUUAAUAACUUCUAAUUUCUUAACAACAUAAUAGGUAGCGCCUUCUAUAGUGUAAUGGCAAUUCAAUAAUAUUGGUGACAUAAGAUCCAGCAACUUCACUCGGGUGACCGUAUUUAUCUCUUAAAUAUUUCAUGGCUCGCUUAUACCCUUCGUCGGUAAAUGGCAGACAAUCAAUCGUGCUUCGAAAAUGCGGCUCUAUAAGUUCCUUUAGAUGAAAGAACUUCGUGAUUGAAGGGACAUUUAGCGAGUCAACCAUUGCGUCAAACUGACCAGAGAAUCUAACCCAAUCAUGCGGUUUUCCGUUGAACUUAGUAAUAUUCAAUUUUGGCAAUCUGACAGUGCCUUCUGCAAGCUCUUUUGUUUUCACAGCAGCCUCAAGCUUUUGCUCUGAAAUCUGUUUCUCAAACAUCAUUACUUGCUCGUGCGUCUUGGCUAAUUCUAGCUCUUUCGCCUUCGUUUCGAUUUCCUUAACAAAAUUAUAUAGCUUUUCACACUGGUCAGCUGUGGCGACUCACACGUCGAUGUCUUGCGACCAUUGUUCUACAUCGCUCUCAGAUUCGCUUUGCCCGAAUUUCGCUUCUUCGAUAGACCCCUUUAAACAAUUUAUUGUACUUACAAGCGUUUGAAUGGACUCUCGUUGCCUUUCCACAGCAGAUUUGUCACCUUUUUCUAUGAUCUCGUUACUGCGGUUCAAUCGAAAAUGCAAAGCCUUCAGUUUCACGUCUAGCUCCGUCAAUUGCUUUUUUAGCGACAUUGUUUAUAUCCACACGGAGCAUACAACACACGAUAAAACCAACAAAAUAUCCCGUCGGAGGUGCCAGUAAUGUGGGAAAAGGGGUUCGAUCCUUUCAAGAAGUCCCACACGAUCACAAAAUAAAAUACACAAAAGAAUAGGUAAAUAAACUUUAUAUUAAAAUCACAGUCACAGUUCGAAAUUUGAUCACUCUUUCGCACACGGAGGUCAACAACACUCUAUAUCCCGCUCAAAUCUACCACGUGAUAAUUAAAUGUCAAUCAAACUAAAUAUUCUAAUGUCCCUAAAUAGUUAACCCUAAUCAAUAAUUAAACCAAAUACGAUAAAAACAACACAGUUUCCGACAAACACUCAAAAUUUCAAAUUGACAGGGGCCCCCCAAAAAUAGCUCCCUGUGAUAGAGCUCGUCAUUUGAAACAUUUUGGUGUUUAUUUCAUCAAAAUCGGUCAAGAGAAUCAAAAAUUAUGGCAAUUUGAACAUCAGAAUUUUGGCCCAUAUGUUGGAAAACAGACUUUAAAUGAAUUUAUAAUGUGGCACCAAACGGUUGUUUCUAAGUCGAUUUUUUAACUCUUUGGUCAUAACUUCUAGACAUUUCACUUGAUCACUACAAAAUUUUCCGGGUACAUUGGUGACACCCGAACCUACAUAACGGUCAUACAGCAGCAUCAUGACCCUCGGACCAUAAUGGUACAUUUUCGCCACAAAACCAGUAUUUUCUAGAAAGGAACUCAUAAAGAUUAUUGUUUCAUGGGAUGUUUCACAGAGAACAUAUUCAGCAUGGCAACCAUGUGAUGUCAUGAACUUUGCAGACACUGACACACUAUCUCCAUGGUAACGCAACAAUCCUAUGACAUCACAGAUGACAUCACACCAUUAAUGGCAGAGUAAUUUUAAGUAUACCUUUUGAAAAGUAAUACUUUUUCAAACAUACUAUCUAUGUAUAGUAAAGAGUUCCAAAAAAAAUCUGAGCUAUGUAUGAUAACUGGACUGUUAGCAUUUCAAAAGAGCAAGCUCUGUUUGGUAUGGGAUAGUAAUCAUUGUUGGUUUGAAAUGCUUACUUAAAAUGAGUUCAUUGUCCUUCAUAAUAGUUCAUUGUGUUUAGUUAGUUAAUUUGAUUGAUACCACGACGGAAACAGCUAUACCAUAUGUUCCUAAUAGACUAGAUAGCGUGAGUUAGUAAAGUUGUGACUGUGUCAGUAAGGAUGGUGUAAUUGCUACAAGCUAUUCUAAAAAGGGAUAUUUCUACAUAUUUGUAUGAAGAACUGCUAUUGAAUUCAUCGCUACUCGUUUGGUACAAGCUUACACCAAAUUCGAAUGUAAAAUAUAUGCUACAAUUUGUGCUACAACUUAUCUACAAUUUAUCACACAAAUCUAAGACUGUGCCUAACCUACAAGUCCCACAUUGUGUUUAUUCUGCAAUUUGCUACCUGUAUUGAAUUUCUACUUGGCUACAAUACGUUGCAUGACUUGUACAAAAGGCCAUCUUGUUGAAUAUUAAAUUUGUUAAACAUCGUACAUUGAUUUGCUAUUUGUUGAGUUAGAAUAUUCAUUUGUACCUAUAUCAACCAUUCAACCCCCUGUGACUCUUGUAUUUGGCAACUAGGAGUUACAUUAGUUCAAAUUCGUUUUAUGAUCACCCAAAACUUGUGUGAGAUAUUGUGGCAAAGAACUGAAACUUGACUUGGCAAUCAUUCAACACUUGCGUCGAUCAACACCAUCUGUUGAGUGUUGUGUAUAAUUAUCCUGUGGUGCGCAAUUUCUUUUUCUGUUCAUUAUCUCAAUUAUAUCUAAUUGUGCGACGACUUAAUGUAAAUUUUCACCCAUAAUCUAAUGGUAAAGUGUGCCAAAAGAGUUUAAAGUGAAGAACACAAAUUGUUUCAUUGAACAUUGUUUUAUAAAUUGAACAUUAUUUCAACAUGGAUGUAAGACCGGAAGACUCUAUUAGCAACGUAGAUUCUCGAGAUGGUUCUAUAAUUUUGAGACGUUCACAAACUAGUUCGCAAAGUUGAAUUAGAGCUCUGCUAGCGCGAGCUGCCGUAAGGAAAGCAAUUCUCGAAGCAGAAGCUGCUGCGCUUGAACGACUUUAUGCAAUACAAGAGGAGGAAUUACGCCUCCAGCAAAGGAAAAAACAAUUAGAACUUCCAACUUCUAUAGCUAAAGCCGAAGCCGAAGAAAGGGCUUAUGCCAUUGCUGAACCUGAAGAGCAAAAUCAAUGUCCUUGAUGAAACACAAGAAGGUGUCCACCUAGAAAACACUCCCAAUUUACCGAACCCCGAAGCAAUUUCUGAACAAAAUCGGGAUGUCACACAAACUGAAGUAGUAAACGUAAAUGAACAUAAUAAAAUGCAACUAGCCCCUGUAGGGCUGGAACAGUCGCAAAAUCGUAGCCUGUAUACUCAACCACCCGCUCGUAGGCCUGAAAAUCUGAAUGCAAAUGCACCAGAAUGGAAUUAUUCUCAAUUUUCAGCCAUGAGAGACAAUAUGCAAAUAUUAGGUAGAGUUUUAGAGUCCCAAGAACUUAAAGUUUUGCCUUUCAAAAACUCCUUGAACAACAGCAAGAAAACAUCCUAGCUCUAACUCUUCUACAACCUGACGUUAUCAUUUUCGAUGGCGAUCCCACACGUUAUUGUGAUUUCAUACGUGCGUUUGAAAAUCUAAUCGAGUGGAAAACAAACAGUCCCAGUGCAAGAUUAUACUAUCUUGUCCAAUACACGUCUGGCCAGGUGAAAGAAUUGAUGAACAGUUGUCUCAAUGCAAGAUGCUCGUGGUUAUUACGAAGUUCGAAGGUUGUUGUCGGAAAGAUAUAGUCAACCAUACAAGAUUCGUAGAACGCCUCACUAACGCCCCCUAAUUGAAGGCCGAAGAUGGUCCUGGUCUGCAGAGGUUCUCUAUAUUACUGUCCAGCUGUAAGAAUAUGCUGAAGGAAAUCGGCUACCUUAGCAGACUUGAAAACCCCGUCAGCAUGAAGAAAAUCGUAGAAAGAUUGCCUUUCAGUCUGAAGCUCAAAUGGCGUGAAAUAGUCGACUUGACAAUGCAAAGGGAAGAACGAGACGUGGAUUUGCAGGAUAUCGCUGACUUCGUCGAGAGAAGAGCACAAGUGGCAAAUCACCCUAUAUUUGGUAAAAUAACCAGUGACGCCAAACGCACAGACCCUCCAAGCAACAAAAGGAAAUCUCACCACAACGUCAAAAACUAUGCAACCGAAGGUGAGCAAAGACCACCUUUGGCGGCCGAAAAUGCAACCAAAAGCAAAACAAUCAAUUGCCCAUCCUGCAAUGCAAACCAUUGGCUGUCUCAAUGCGACAAGUUCAAGAAGAUGAACGUGUUGAUGAGAGAUGCAAAUUUGUCCAAAUGAAGAAAUUGUGUACGAACUGCCUCACACCGGACCAUUUCGUCAAAGAAUGUCCCAAGAAAUCGUUCUGUUGAAUUGAAGACUGCCCUGGAAAGCACUCCACAUUUCUCCACCCAAAGAGUUCAGGUAACAGAGAAUGGAAGUCAACAAGGGAAGAAAUGAUAAAGGACAAUUUUGGUGAUAAACGAGGCGAAAACAACGCGGAAUCAAACAAUGGCUAUGUCACAGCGAUGAACAGUGGUGCUAACUGUUCGAAAGAAACAUUGAUCACUGGGCUAGCAGUGGUUCCUGUUAAAGUUAAACCAAUAGGAGGAAAUAAGAUGGUUGAAACUUACGCGUUCCUGGACACUGUAUCAAACACGUUCUGCACUGAGCGACUUGUGAAACAACUUGGGUUAGAAGGAAGAAAUCAACGCUAUCACUGAUGAUGCUCGAGAUUGCUAACACCUUAACUGAGUGUUCCAUUGUCAAUCUUGAGAUUCUCGAUUUAAACGAAGAACAUGUCAUAGAACUACCGAAUGUAUUCUCGAGACCAAGUCUGCCCAUUUCUCGUGAAAGUGUACCAGAUCAACACAAUGUCGACUGCUGGCCACAUCUGAAGGGAAUAAACAAUCCACGAAUCAAUGCCGAAGUCGACUUACUAAUAGGAAGAGCGACGUUCCUGAAAUUCUCCAACCAAGAGAAGUGUGAGAUAGUAGAGACGGUGGUCCCUUUGCUAUGCGAACGAUCUUUGGUUGGGUUAUGAACGGUCCUCUAGGAAGAUCUGGUACCGAAGCACCCACCGCUAACUUUGUUGAUGCAAAUGUGCAACUGAACCGGCAGUUCGAGCAAUUUUGCAACCGUAAAUUUGACGACUCAAUCUACGAAUCGAAGACGUUGAUGUCACAGAACGAUUAUAAUUGCAUGUCAACUGACUUUUGUACAAGGUAUGACAGUCUGUAAAAAUAUAUCUCUGAGAUAGGACUGGCCUACAUAAUUACAUUCAUAUAUUCACCUGGCUGUGUUAUUACAUUUCAGGGUACACUAUAUUUUUUUCGAUAAUGCUCACAAUAUCUUUCUUAUUAUAUAGUUUUGAAGUUCUUACUGAGUACAAUCUGAAUCUUUACAAAUGUCAGUUGUUCUGCGAUAGGGGUAGUUUUGUAUAGUAUUUCCAUACAUGAAAUUGCUAUUAAAUUCUACAUGUCCAAUGAUUCAUUCAAGUAUUAUUAUCAUUUAUGUAUAUAAAUACAUUAUGAUAUUGUACAGUAUUCAGUGGUGAGCUAACCUUCGAUCAGGCCUAUAAAUAAAUAAAUUGGCCUGAUACAAACCUUAACAUGCCUUACAGCCAUAUUCAGUUGUAAAUAUGAUUGGUCUAUGAGACAAAAGUGUUUUUAAUCUGUCAUUUGAUUGGUUGGUGCUAACUAGAUAUUUAUACUAUUGUUGAUGAUAUAUUUUAUAGUGAACCAGGGCCUUUUUUAACAUACAAGCUGGGCGGGGGCAUUUCCCCCCCCCCAGUUCCCCCUUGUGCCCCCCCCCCUCACGAAAUCACAUUUUGCCCCCCAGGAAAAGUCCCUUUUUCCUAAAUUUAUACCAACAAAACAGCGAAGAAUAACAAAUAAAUAAACGGAAAGUAAGGUUUAGGCUUUAUCCUUUGUCCUUGUUUAACAAAAUCGAUCUAAAUUGUUACGUUUUUCUACCACUAAGUAAUGAUAAAUUAUUGUUAAUAAUUCUUUAUUUUUUGGUUGCUCAGAAUGCAGGAAAGAGCAUUUUCAGGUUUCAAAUUUGAAAAAUUUUCUGGAGAUUAUGCCCCCACACACGUGGCCUUCGGCCAUUGGUAUCCCCCUCUAGUAAGUAUAAUGAUAAAUUACGGUUAAUAUUCUUUUUUACUUUUUGUCCAUUUUUUCCUUCUUUUAUUUCAAAUACAAGUAUAGUUAGCAUAAAUGUUAGAGCAAAUUUGGAUGCUCAGAAUGCAGGAAAUGGCAUUUCCAUGUUUCAAAUUUCAAGAAUGUUCUGGGGGAGUACACCCCCACACACGUGACCAUUGGGAUCCUCCUCUAAUAAGUAAUGAUAAAUUAUGGUUAAUAUUUUUUUAAACUUUUUGUGGGUUUUUUCCUUCUUUUAUUUCAAAUACAAGUAUAGUUAGUAUACAUUUUGGAGCGCAUUUGGAUGCUCAGAAUUCAGGAAAUGGCAUUUCUGUGCUUCAAAUUUCAAAAAUUUUCUGGGGGAGUACACUCCCCCCCCCCUCUCAUACAUGCGUGCAUGGUAUGUUCGGCGCACACGUGGCCUUCAGCCAUUGCUAUCUCCCUGUAAUAUAUUAUCUCACAGAAAGGUCCCUUUUCAAAAAAUGCCCCCCCCCCACAGGAAAAUCCUUAAAAAAGGCCCUGUAGUGAACACAACUAUAAUUUGAUUGUUGUUGUCAUUGUGUGAAAUUUAAAUUUCUCCUGCGACAUUUUGAUGGGAUACUAAAUAUAAACUUUGCUGUGGGUGGAAAGCUAUCACAUUAAUGUUUAUGUCAGGCUAUAUUUGUAAAAUAGAGCCUGAUCUCUGGUUAGUAGCGAGCUAGUCAUUGCAACUGGUCAUGCUAUGCCUAUGCUGAUAAACAUGCAUCUAUUUGAAUGAAACAAAUCAUUAAAUACUUGCAUAGCAUGACCUGUUGCUAUGGCUAUUUUCACCACUGACAGCAUUAUAAUUAUACAAACAAAAGCAAGAAGUUAUAAGCAUUGAAGGUAUUCAUGCAAAACCGCCCAUGCCAAAAAAUUAGAAUCCCUGCCCCCGGAAUGCCUUAGGGGGUGUUUACAUAAUCGAAGGUGGGAUGUUUUUGUUGUAUUGAAAUAAAUUACUGGGCUAGAAAGUUUAAAUGCUGGUUAACCGAACUCAAAUGUUGUAGAGAAGAUCUUGUGUUCCAGAACAUUAUUAUUGGUGCUUGAAAAAACCUUUUGUUUACAAAAUGUUUAGGAAUGAACUUUCCCUGAGCCUCAUGUUAAUAGUAUAUUUUGUGUUCAAUAUAUAGACCACA